AUGGCCAAGUCACACCUGCUGCCGUGGCUGCUGCUGCUGCCGCCCAUGUUCUGGGCCCCAAGCACUGUGGCCAUGAGCUCCCAACAAAAUUGGAUCUGGAGGUUGAGUGAGGUCGAGACAUUAUUUGUGACGUGGAUUCCAAGGUUGCCCUGGCCCCAAAUUGCAGCUGUCGGAACAGCCCCACCUGUGAACUGUGCCCAGGGCCCCAAGUUCUGGUGUGAAAGCCUAGAGCAAGCACUGCAGUGCCGAGCCCUGGGGUACUGCCUUCAGAAAGUCUGGGGACAAGCAGAAGCUGAUGACCUGUGCCAGGAGUGUCAGGACAUCAUCCCAAUCCUCAUCAAGAUGACCAAGGAGGCCAUCUUCCAGGACGAGAUGCGGAAGUUCCUGGAACACGAGUGUGAUGUCCUCCCCAUAAAGCUGCUGGUGCCCCAGUGCCACCACAUUCUCGACAUCUACUUCCCCACGGUCAUCGACUACUUCCAGAACCACAUCGACCCCAAGGCAAUCUGUGAGCAUCUGAGACUGUGCAUACCUGAACCUCCAGAGCCAGAAGAGCCAGGGCUGCCUGGCCCCCUGCUGAACAAGCUGGCCCUCCCCAGGCUGCCUGGGGCUCUCCACAUGAGGCCUGGGCCUCAGACACAGGAGCUCUCUGAGCAGCGGUUCCCCAUCCCCCUCCCCUUCUGCUGGCUCUGCAGGACUUUGCUCAAGCGGGUUCAAGCUGUGAUACCCAAGGGUGUGCUGGCCUUGGCUGUGUCCCAGGUGUGCCAUGUGGUGCCCCUGGUGGCAGGCGGCAUCUGCCAGUGCCUAGCCGAGCGCUACACCGUCAUCCUGCUGGACGCACUGCUGGGCCGAGUGCUGCCCCAGGUGGUCUGCGGCCUCGUCCUCCGGUGCUCCACUGAGGACAUCUCAGACCCUGCCCUCACCACUCUGGGGUCCCUGCCAGGAGACUGGCCUCCACAGGAUUCCAAGUGCCAGCUCUGUAUGCUUGUCACCACGCAGGCAGGGAACAGCAGUUCACAGGCCUUGCGCCAGGCCUGCUUAGACAACUGGCCGAACAGGCAAAAGUGUGAGCAAUUUGUGGAGCAGCACACACCCCAGCUGCAGAGCCUGGUGUACAGGGGCUGGGAUGCCCACACCACCUGCCAGGUCCUGGGGGCAUGUGAGUCCGAUUUCAGUCCACUCCAGUGUGCCCACAGUCCCCACUUCUGAUGAAAAUGCAAAGUCAUGCCAGCCCGAAACCAGAACCACUUCCCUCUGUGAGAGUGAGGGUGGCAAGCACAUCUCCUGGAGAGCUGUAGAGGAGCCAGCCUUCCCUCCCAGCAGCACCUCGGCACAGUCACUCCUCAGCCACUGGCCUCCUCACUCCACGUGCUCGUGAUACCAGCUUUUAUAAUUAUUUUUGCUAACACAAAGUUCAAGAUUCAAAAAACUGUAAAGGGGAAAAAAAAUAGACCAAAAACAGUAAGACAAACAAAAACCUUAAACUCAUUUUUCAUAUCCAGCAGUCAAGAGUGGACAUAGCAGGGACGGGAAGGUGUCUGGCAAACCUGUAUCUUAAAUGUCUACUGUUUAAUAAGAGCUGCCAUUUGCUUACGGUAGAAAAAGAGGCUUUCUUUUUUAUCUUUUUAUAUGGUGAGUUUCCAACCUCUACUUGAAACACCAGGAUGAUUUUAUUUCUGUCAUGAUGUUUCCUCAAAUCUCACUUGGAUGUGUGCAAGCUAAGGGCCAAUCUCUAUGUAGCUCAAUGCCUGUAACCGGCUAAUAAAAUCCUGUUUUCGUGUAUACAAAAAAAGGACACUGUUCUUUAAGAUGCUGCAGAAGUCACAGUCCUACUCUGAAGAUCACCCAGACUGGGGGGCCUGCCUCUCAUUCUUCACUGAUAGAGAAGUAAAUGUCCCUAUCACUUCUCCCUCUCAUAAUUGCUGCCAACCUGGUCCUCCUCCUGUGACCCUUCCCUAUCACAAAAAAUCUACUCACUGUGGUGAGGUAAGACUGUUAGGGUGAAAAAGAAAAAAGAUAUAUAUGAUGGUGGGGAAACAGCUCAUGGAGCAGAGCUCAAGAGCCGCAUGCCUGAAGUUCCCAAUUUGGUAAUUGGAGCCGUGUCUAUCAGA